UGAGAGAGAGAGAAACAGGGUAGUUUGGAAAGCUGAAUGUACUGAAGGCGAGAGAAAGAAGAGAUGUUACUGCGCACGCGCCCUGGCGCGAGUGAGGACGUCGCCCUGCCCGAGAGGGGGCGGCGCUUCUGAAGAGAGGUUCCUUCUCGCCCCUCAGUAUGUACCGCCGUCACCUCCACCCAAGGAGCCUCCUGAGGGAAUAGUCCGCGGCCGAGGGGCCCAGCGAGAGAGAGGAGGGCCUUACCGCCGCUCGCCCCCCCCCGGCAUGAACCUGCACCAGGUGCUGACGGGGGCUGUCAACCCCGGCGACCACUGCUUCUCCGUGGGCAAUGUCGGAGGGCAUCCUUUCACGGCAUAUGCAUCAGGAUGUGAUGUUGUGAUACUUGGAACUGAUUUUGAAAGGCUACAAAUAAUUCCUGGAGCCAAACAUGGAAAUAUACAAGUGGGAUGUAUAAAUUGCUCUAUGCAGCAAGGAAAGAUCGCAGCUUCUUAUGGGAAUGUGAUUUGUAUCUUUGAGCCAAUUCCACAUCUAAAACAGAAGAAUAUUCAGCAUACUGGAUUACAUUAUCAGUGGCAGAAGUCAGAUCAAAUUUCACUUGAAAAUGUGGUGCAUAAUUUAACAUGGGACCCUACUGGCUCUCGACUAUUGACUGGUUCCAAUUGUCUGCAGCUUUGGUCCAACACCAAUUUUGACACCCUAUUAGAAGAAGAAAAUCCUGAAAAAGCAGAUAGUCAGAACUGGAGGGUCAUUUGGCAGUGCAAAACUGCUUCUGAAGUUUAUCUAAUGAAGUUUUCACCAGAUGGAGAAUUCUUUGCUACUGCAGGGAAGGAUGAUUGUCUUGUAAAGGUGUGGUAUAACACUGAUAGUUGGAAAGCAGCUGUUAUACCUCAUGCUAGAACACCAGAAACAACAGUACAGGAAGUGGCGUUCUCAUUUAUUUACUUAGUCCAUCCUCGUUCUGUAAAUGACUUUUCAUGGCGAAAGACAAGCAAUUACAUGCCACGUGGUGCUGUAUGUAAUGUAUUGUUGACGUGCUGCAAGGAUAAUAUAUGUCGUCUCUGGGCAGAGACUUUGUUGCCCAAUGAUAGCCUGCUGUAUGAAGGUGGAUACAACCAUUGUCCUGAACCAGUGAAGUUAACUAAUAACUUUAAGAGGAAUGCUUCCAGUAAAGAAAGCAUGAAAAAUGCUUUGGAGCUAAACCUAAGACCAUUUCGGCGCGGACGAAGAAGAUCGUUAGCACUUGCACAUACAGGGUACUUACCCCAUCAACAAGAUCCUCAUGAAGUUCAUCGGAACACUCCACUGCAAUCAAAUGCACUUUGCCACUUUCAUAUUGCUGCCAGCAUCAAUCCAGCCACAGAUAUUCCUUUGCUUCCUUCCAUCAUGUCUCUGAGUCUUAAUGAAAAUGAAGAAAAACAUGGUCCAUUUGUAGUACAUUGGCUAAAUAAUAAAGAACUCCAUUUUACCCUGUCAAUGGAAGUCUUCUUACAACAGCUGAAAAAAAGUUUUGAACACAUUUCUUCAGAGGCUAGCACUGAAGAAUCAAACCAGAUGGAUUUAAAAUCUGAUGAAGAAACUGAUGAUAGUAGACAAAAUCAGAAAGGAAAUCAAGAACAAAGAGAGCUUACGGAAGAAAAACCAGUUUCAAAUUCAAGCUAUGUUCCCUUGUCUCCUGCUGCUAUUGAUCAUGAGAUUGAAAUACAGCUUUCUGAAUGGAAUAAAAAUGCAGACAUGUUAUUUAGUAUUCAUCCUAUGGAUGGGUCAUUGCUAGUAUGGCAUGUAGAUUGGCUAGAUGAAUACCAGCCAGGCAUGUUUCGCCAAGUACAGGUGUCAUUUGUUUCAAGAAUCCCAGUAGCCUUUCCCACUGGUGAUGCAAAUUCACUUUGCAGAAGUAUAGUGAUGUAUGCUUGUACAAAGAAUGUUGAACUUGCUCUUCAACAAGGCAAACAAAAACCAUCUAGCCUUGGGCGUUCGUGUUCUAUGUUAAUUUCUUCUGGCCACAGUAAAUCAUCAAACAGUUUAAAAUUAAGCAUCUUCACCCCAAAUGUUAUGAUGAUUUCCAAACACGCAGAUGGAUCGCUAAACCAGUGGUUAGUCAGUUUUGCGGAGGAAUCUGCCUUUUCAGUUGUACUCAGCAUUUCUCACAAAUCAAGAUAUUGUGGACAUCGUUUCCAUCUUAAUGACUUGGCUUGUCACUCAGUACUUCCAUUGCUGCUUACAACUUCUCAUCAUAAUGCAAUCAAAACACCUGUUCUUCACGGCACAAAGGAGACACCAUCAACAUUUCACAGUAAAGACAAUGCAAACACAACACAUGAUCUGAAUACUGUUUACAGUGAACUUAUCCUCUGGAGAGUUGACCCGGUUGGGCCACUGUCUUUUUCUGGUGGAGUUUCAGAACUUGCACGAAUAAAUUCUCUUCAUGUGUCUGCUUUUUCAAAUGUAGCAUGGCUACCUACCCUUAUACCGAGUUACUGCCUAGGUGCAUAUUGUAAUUCGCCAAGUGCUUGCUUUGUUGCAAGUGAUGGACAACAUUUGCGGCUGUAUCAAGCUAUAAUAGAUGCCCGAAAACUUCUCUGUGAACUAUCUAAUCCAGGAAUUUCUAAAUAUGUUGGUGAAGUUUUUAACAUCAUAAGUCAGCAAUCCACAGCUAGACCAGGAUGCAUUGUGGAACUGGAUGCCAUCACAAAGCUGCAUGGUGGGAAAAUGCAGUUGCUUCAUGUUUUUCAAGAAGAUUUCAUUUUGAAUAACCAUGAGAAUAGACUGUCUGAAAAAAAGACCAUGUUACCUGACUCUGGAUAUCAGAAAAAUGGGUUUUCUGAAAAAUUCUAUUUAAUCUUAUUGGAAUAUACUCAAAACUGUACAGUAUUACAUAUGUGGAAAUUACAUUUGAAAUCCAUACCGGUCUCAGUAGAAGAAAAAAUUGAGCCUAAAGAACCUGAAGCUGUUUUGCAGGAAGAGCUUUAUUCUUCUUCUCCAGAUCAAGAGAAAACCCAGUGUUCCCUGACAAAGAAAUACCAAGCCUGCAAAGAGAACCUUCAAAGUACCAGCCAACUCGCUCUUUCUUCAGAAAUUGUCUAUAGUAAACGGCUGAAUUUACCAGAAGGAGUGGAAAUAAUAAGCAUUAAACCAUCUGCAGGUCACUUGAGUUCUUCUUCUAUUUAUCCCGUCUGCCGAGCUCCUUAUCUUCUUGCAACUUUAUGUUCAGAUGGUAAGGUUAGAUUUUGGAGAUGCACAGUGGCACCAGAAUCUGACGUGGCUUCUGAAUUGGAAUGUCCUACAAAUAGUGAUAUAUACGUAUGGGAAGAAUGGCCAUUACUCAUUGAAGAUGGACUUCUUAGUAGUAGUGCUCUUAAUAUUCCCGGCCUACCUCUUGAAAUCAGCUGUGCCCAUACAAACCGUCUAGCUGUGGCAUACAAGCGAACACCACCUAAAAACAGUCGGUGUUCUCAAGACUUUUUGGUGAAUGUUGCUAUUUUUGAGUGUGAAUCUACAGGAGGCGCUUCUUGGAUCUUAGAACAGACACUUCAUUUAGAUGAGCUGAACCCAACAAUGGACUGCUUGGAUAUUGACUGUAGUUUCUCAUCAAAUAGAAAUGAGAAUUUAACAUCUAGAACGAAGUACUUGGUUCAUUUGGACUGGAUGUCUAGGGAAGAUGGUUCACAUAUCCUAACAGUAGGUAUAGGAUCAAAGCUGCAUAUGUUUGGUCAGCUGGCUGGAAAGAUACAAGAACAAAGUGGUAAGGAGAUGUUUGUACUGCCAGUCUGGGAGAAUGCCAAAACUUCGUGUGCAUCUAGAUUUAUUUUAUUACGUUGCGUGGAUUUAGUUUCAUCAGUGGAAAGUUCACCCCCUUUGCCUGUUUCUUUAUCUUGGGUUCGGGAUGGCAUCCUUGUAGUGGGGAUGGAUUGUGAAAUGCAUGUUUAUUCUCAGUGGCAGCCCCUUUCCAAGCAAGAAUCAGUUGCUGGGGACUCAUACAGUGGGAGCACGCCUUCCAUCAUAAGCUUAAUAAAACAAGGUCAGUCUCCUGGUGUUCACCCACCAAAACGAGCAUUAACCAGAUCCAUGACAAGCCUUGCUCAAAAACUUAGUGGGAAACGAACAGCAUAUGAUCUUUCACUGGAGAUGGAAGAUUCGGGUCUCUUUGAAGCAGCUCAUUCAUUAUGUCCUACUUUACCUCAGUACCAUCCCCUACAACUUCUGGAACUCAUGGAUCUAGGAAAAGUUCGUAGAGCAAAAGCCAUCCUAUCUCACUUAGUUAAAUGCAUUGCUGGAGAAGUUAUUGUUGUAAAUGAUCCCGACCAUGAAAAACGGUGCCGAUCUCUCUCAAUCUGUGCUAGUGGGAGCAGUACAAGGGACCCUAUGACAUUCAGCAGAGGUGUGAUUACAGACUAUACAGAAAUAGACUCUGUUCCACCACUACCUUUAUAUGCAUUGCUUGCUGCAGAUGAAGAAUGCCCCUAUGCUUGUACAGAGAAGCCUAAUAACCAACGAAAUCUUAAGAAACAUGACUUGCCAGCUGAAAAUUAUGAGGAUCUCUUCCAGAAUUCCAGUCUACACACAGAUGAUUUAACUAUGUUUGAAGAAGAGGAAGAAGAUAAAAAGCCAGCAGUUAUUGAUCUUUCUCAGUACAGUCCAACUUAUUUUGGCCCAGAGCAUGCCCAAGUUCUUUCUCGUCACUUGCUUCACUCUAGCUUACCAGGUCUCACCAGGAUCGAGCAGAUGUCACUGAUGGCACUGGCAGAUACAAUUGCCAUUACUAGUACUGAUAUAGGAGAAAGCAGAGACAGAAGCAAGGGAGGAGAAACACUUGAUGAAUGUGGUUUAAAAUUUCUUUUGGCUGUCCGUCUUCAUACUUUUAUGACAACUUCACUACCACCAGCUCACAGAGCACAACUACUUCACCAAGGCUUGUCUUCAAGUCACUUUGCCUGGGCAUUUCAUUCUGUAGCUGAAGAAGAACUUCUAAAUGUUCUCCCUGCCAUGCAAAAGCAUGAUCCGACAUGGUCAGAACUCAGAGCUAUGGGUGUAGGAUGGUGGGUUCGAAAUACCCAUAAUUUGCGCAGAUGCAUUGAGAAGGUCGCUAAAGCUGCCUUUCAAAGAAACAAUGACCCACUUGAUGCUGCCAUUUUUUAUAUUGCAAUGAAAAAGAAGGCUGUAAUUUGGGGAUUGUACAGAUCGAUAAAAGACACCAAAAUGACACAGUUCUUUGGACAAAAUUUCACAGAAGAUAGGUGGCGUAAAGCUGCACUGAAGAAUGCUUUUUCUCUAUUGGGCAAACAACGGUUUGAACAUUCUGCAGCAUUUUUUUUGUUGGCUGGUCAUCUAAAGGAUGCAGUUGAGGUCUGCUUAGAGAAACUUCAUGAUAUUCAGCUAGCUCUUGUAAUAGCAAGACUUUAUGAGCCAGAGUUUGAAAUAUCUGGAACUUACAAAUCAAUUCUACAGAAGAAAAUUCUAUGGAAUAAAUCUCAUUCAACUGAAAGUCCAUCGAAUGCUCAUGGCGAUCCUUUCCUUCGAAGUAUGGCUUACUGGAUUUUGGAGAAUUAUAGCCAUGCUCUUGACACUCUUAUAAGCCAACCUGUUUUAGAUGAGGAAGAUGAUGGAAGGAUUUCAAGCUGCAGCGCUUCAGUUUUUAAUUUUUAUAAUUAUUUAAGGACACACCCUCUCUUACUGAGACGGCAUUUUGGGUCUUCUGAUUUAUCUUCAACAAGAAUUUGCGUAACGGGAGAAAAUGCCCUUGCAGAUGAAAUCAAUUUAGCAGAAAGAAGAUUGUUCUUUACUACAGCAUAUGCUCACUUAAAGGCUGGCUGCCCCAUGUUGGCUUUAGAAGUGCUAUCAAAGAUGCCAAAAGUGGUCAAAAAGUCAAAACCUUUAGAAAGAACGCCUAGUUUAAGGGACACUAGUAAAGGCUGUUCACCCUGUUCUCCAGUUCUCAUGGAAACAAAGGAUGAUAAAUCUUUCAGCAUUGAUUGGUCACAACCAGUAAUAAAUGGUUUAGAGUCAUCUUCAGAUGGUUCAUCAGACAAACAAUCAAGUUCUGGUCUUUUUGAUUGGAGCCAGCCAAGUACGGUCUUCCAGGAUGAGCCCUUGGAGUUAAAAUGGGACAGUGACAAGGAUGAGGAUAGUGAAGAUGCUUGUCUUGUAAUGAAACCUGUUCAGAAGACUGUGAGUGAAAAACCAAAUGAAGUUAGUUCUAGCUACACAGAAACCUAUAGCUCAGGAAAUGAAAACAAUGUUUUAACUUUAUCUGAAGACAUCAUUUCUGCACAGUUGAAAUUUAGGGCAUGCUUGAAGAUUCUUACCAUGGAGCUUCGUACAUUAUCCACUGGCUAUGAAGUAGAUGGUGGAAAAUUAAGAUACCAGUUAUAUCAUUGGCUAGAAAGAGAAGUGGUUGCUCUUCAGAAUACCUGUGACUAUAGUGUUGAAGCAGAAGAUGUUCAAUCAAGAAUUAGCCGAGUAAAUGGUGAAGCUUUGUUAAGCGAAGUGACUGAUGAGUUCUCAGACACACAGCAAAAUAUACUUUCUCAGAGAAGGCAGUGGCUUAUAAAAUAUCAGUCCCUUUUGAGAAUGUUUCUGAGUUACUGCAUCCUUCAUGGAUCUCAUGGUGGGGGCCUGGCAUCUGUAAGAAUGGAGCUGAUUCUGCUUCUGCAAGAAUCUCAGCAGGAACUGACAGCACAGUUACCUCUGAAUGCUGUAUCUGAGCAGAACUCAAUACCACUUCUGUUUGCCUGCACUGCAAGUGCCAAAACUGUGGUGGCCAAUCCAUUGCUUCAUCUUGGAAACUUAACACAUGACAUACUACAUGCUAUAGUAGACCUUGACUCACCACCCCAUCCAGAUAUCCAGAAUACUAAGAUACAUGUAAUGCAUACAUUAGCAGCAUCUCUGUCAGCUUGUAUAUACCAGUCUCUCUGUGGAAGUCAUAACUACAGUUCACUGCAAGCAAAUCAGUUUACUGGAACAGUUUAUCAGACUCUUCUACUCUCUCACCGACAUUCUCUAAGAACAGCAAGCUCUGAUGAAACUAUAACCCCCAAUACUACACCUGCUCAGUGGCCAGGAGUAUUGGCUUUAAUACAAUUGCUGAAUAGUGCUGGAGAAGAUGUUCAGUCUGGAAUUACAAUUUUACUCUGUGAAAUUCUGACAGCAGUCUACCUUAGUCUUUUCAUCCAUGGCCUAGCAACACAUUCCAGCAAUGAGUUGUACAGGAUUGUGGCGCACCCUUUGAAUGACAAAAUGUGGUUUGCUGUCUUUGGUGGAGGAGCCAAGAUUCCCAAGAAAGGACAAAUUCAACAAACAACAAAGAUGGGAAGGCACUUUCUUAUGCCUAGCCCACACCAGGUAGUAGUAUUCUCCAUGGAAUGCGUGGGGUUUACCAAAUCCCUAACAGCCAUCAGUGCUCAUAGUCCUACCAAAGCUGCAGCUUCUUCUCCUGUAGAUGAAAGCGAAAAGCAACAUAAACGAUUUAGACUGUCAUCAAAAUCAUCUUCAAAAGAGAGUUCACAAACUACUGUACCUUCUGUAGAACAAGACACUCCAAAUUACAAAGAGAAAUUUAUUCCUCCUGAACUUAGUAUAUGGGACUACUUCAUAGCUAAGCCAUUUCUUCCAUCAUCACAAACUAAAUCUGAAUAUGAUUCAGAAGAGAGUCAGGAAAGCAGUGAUGAAGAUGAUGAUGGAGGAUUCUCAUUAGACUUGACACUUCAGGAACAUUCAAAUUCGAAUUCAUACAGUUGGUCACUUAUGCGGUUGGCUAUGGUUCAACUGGUUCUUCAUAACUUGAAGACUUUCUAUCCUUUGGCUGGGCAUGAUCUUUCAGAGCUCCCUGUUAGCUCCCCCUUGUGUCAUGCAGUCCUGAAGAUACUUCAACGUUGGGAGCAAGUUCUCCUCAGACGACUUGAGAUGCAUGGCAGCCCUCCAGAAAACUUCAUUUCUGUUCAUACUUCACAAGAUGUAGCCGCUUCAGGCCCUGCCUUGCUACGCCACAAAGCUCUCCUGGAACCAACAAAUACACCUUUCAAGUCUAAAAGUCAUCAUGCACUUUCUGUGAAGAGACUCUGGCAAUAUCUCAUUAAACAAGAAAUGGUCCAGGAGACCUUCAUCAGAAACAUAUUUACAAAGAAGAGAUGCUUAAAUGAGUCAUUAGAAGACCAAAGUGAACAUAUUAAAAGUACUUCAAUGGAAGACAAUGGAAUCAAUAAGAUUGAAACAGAUAUGGGAUAUCCUGGAAAUAAAGCAAGAAUUAUCCAUAAAGAGUCUGACAUUAUUACUGCCUUUGCUGUUAACAAGGCCAACAGAAAUUGUAUUGCUAUAGCAUCAAGUCAUGACAUUCAAGAACUAGAUGUUUCUGGAAUCCUAGCUACACAGUUCUAUACUUGGGUUGAUGAUGAAGAAGUGGAAGCUAAAGGAGCGGAUGAUUUCUUAGUUAUCCAUGCUCGUGAUGAUUUGGGGAACAUUCAGGGAACUACACCGUACACUCACAGCAAUCCUGGCACUCCCAUCAACAUGCCUUGGCUUGGAAGUACUCAGACUGGCAGAGGUGCAGCUGUGAUGAUCAAGAAACCUAUCAACAAUGUCCGAAGAAUGGCUUCCCAUCCAACACUUCCUUAUUACUUGACAGGUGCUCAAGAUGGCAGUGUGAGAAUGUUUGAGUGGGGUCAUUCUCAGCAAAUUACAUGCUUCCGGUCUGGUGGUAACUCCAGGGUUACACGGAUGAGAUUCAAUUAUCAAGGCAACAAGUUUGGAAUUGUUGAUGGGGACGGACAUAUAAGUCUGUAUCAAACAAACUGGAAAAGUUGCCUACAUAAUGGAAACACACCCAAGCCAUACCUGACUUGGCAGUGCCAUAACAAAACAGCCAGUGAUUUUGUUUUCGUUAGCUCUUCUUCUUUGAUAGCUACAGCUGGGCAGUCUACUGACAACAGAAAUAUCUGUCUGUGGGAUACUCUGGUUGCACCAACAAGCAGCUUAGUGCAUGCUUUUACCUGCCACGAUACUGGAGCAACUGUCUUAGCAUAUGCCCCCAAACACCAGCUGUUAAUAUCAGGUGGCAGAAAAGGCUAUACCUGUUUAAUAGAUCUUCGCCAAAAACAGCAACGGCAGUUUUUUCAGAGUCAUGAUUCUCCAGUUAAAGCAAUUGCAGUGGAUCCUACAGAAGAAUAUUUUGUGACAGGAUCUGCAGAAGGAAACAUAAAGGUCUGGAGUCUGUCCAACUUCAGUCUUCUUCACACUUUCAUCAAUGAGCAUUCCCGGCAAUCCAUCUUCAGAAACCUUGGAACAGGUGUCAUGCAGAUUGAGACCGGACCAGCCAAUCAUAUAUUUUCAUGCGGAGCUGAUGGGACAGUAAAGAUGAGAAUCUUGCCUGAUCGAUUUAACUCAUUCAGUGACAUGUUGAAAACUGACGUGAAACUCAUGCUCUGAAAGGGUUGUCCUAUACUGGAAAAAUAGUUUAAAGGUGGCUAACAGAUAUAAAAGAGACUGUACAGUAGCACUACAAUAACAUUUUCUGAUGUUUAUAUUUAUUUUUGGAGCUUUAGUCCUUGAUGCACUGAUGCCUUAAAGAUGAUUAAGUUCCCUCUGAUUUUUGCCUAAAAACAAUCUUACACAAGUCAGUAAAUAUUUAUAUUAUGUA